AUGUUCCCACGGGCAGAAUCUGGAGAUGGCUAUUUGUCGAUUCCCGUGGGAACCAUCCAGCGGCCACACAAGGUUGGCAAGAGAAGCGCUAUUGAUGCGGUGCUGGAGAAUAUGGAUUUCUUUUAUGCCAUUGAAAUUGGCCUGGGAACUCCUCCUCAGAACGUAACCGUUCUCGUCGAUACUGGAUCCAGCGAGCUCUGGGUCAACCCAGACUGUUCAAACGCACCAUCCAUGCAGCAAGAGCAGCAGUGUCGGACUCUGGGUCAAUACAACCCCAGGAAAUCGAAAACGCCGCCUGUUGGCCCGUUUGGGAGCGAGGAAAUCAAUUACGGCGAUCCGUCAGACUCUUCCACCCAGACCUCCGUCGAUAUCACCUAUUACGCCGACGUCAUAAGCUUUGGCAAAAGCCAGGUCAAGAAUCAAACCUUUGGCGUUGUCACAUCCAGUCAGGGCCAGGCGCAGGGCAUCAUGGGCCUGGCCCCAGAUGUUCAAGGAGGAUUUCCUGGCGACGAGCCGUAUAGCCUGUUGCUCAACACGAUGGCUGACCAGGGAGUCAUUGCAAGCCGUGUCUUUUCCCUCGAUCUGCGACACGCGAGCUCUCAGACGGGGGCCAUCAUCUACGGCGGCCUAGAUCGCAGCAAGUACAUUGGAUCUUUAGAGGCACGACCCAUUGUGCCUGGUAUCCAGGGCGAGACCCGCCUAGCCGUCAAUCUCACUACACUGGGCGUUACCAUUGAUCAGUCGCAGAGCUUCAAGCUCGGGGCUUCCGACACAAAUGUGAUGCUAGACUCCGGAACGUCGCUCACCCGUAUGCACUCGGCUGUUGCUUUACCCAUACUUGACGCAUUGGGUGCUCAAGACGAUGGCGAAGGUUAUUUCUAUGUGCCGUGCUCGACUCGUAAUGCCGGUGGCAGUGUUGAUUUCGGGUUUGGCAACAAGACGGUCCGCGUCGACUUCAGCGACUUUAUCCUUUCCUCGGGUGAAAGCUCAGGCGAUGACUCAACUGACGAUGACAACUCGCUGUGCUAUGUCGGCCUUGUCCUUACUACUGACCAGCAGAUUUUGGGAGACACCGUGUUGAGGGCCGGAUACUUUGUUUUUGACUGGGACAAUAAACAAGUCCACAUUGCCCAGGCAGCCGACUGUGGAAGCAGUGAUAUUGUUGUAGUCGGCAAAGGAGCCAACGCUGUGCCCAACGUUGAAGGCAACUGUAACGCCAACGCCGCCACUUUUACAGGCACAGGCGGUCCUACGGUGACGACCACCCACAGUAGUCCAACCGGAACGAUCACGACUGUAUUUACUGUGACCUCGUGUCCAGUAUUCGACAUUGGAUGCAAAACCGGAGUCGUCACAACCCAAACCAUUGGGCAGGCCGAGGCCACGGCCGAACCUAGUGCCACCAGCACCGGGGGUGGCUCCGGCAGUGGUGGAGGCGAUGAAGAUGGUGGUGUGCGGCCGCAGGCUUUGACAUGGGUAUUUGUUGUGCUGGGAACUUUGGCUUUGGUUGUCAAUAUUGCAUAG